AUGGCAAAAUAUUUAGCAAGAAUCGUUAUCUCGGGCGCCCAGUCGAUUGGCAAGGCAUUGGCCAAGACGGUGCGCGAGGAGAUCGAGGUCUACAGGGAGGCAGCCCGCGUGCAUGCGGCCCAGUCCGCCACAAACUUUACGCCCACCAAAACGGAUGCAGCCCUCAACGGCAUGACGCUGGAGGAAGCUCAGUUGAUACUGAACGUCAAGGAUGUGCUGGAUCGUGCAGAAGUUGAGCAACAAUAUCAGCACUUGUUUCACAUCAAUUCGAAGACGGCCGGGGGCUCGUUCUACUUACAAUCGAAGAUUUUUCGGGCCAAGGAGCGCAUCGAUCAGGAGCUCAAGAAGGUCGAAGCUCUGGCCAAGUUGCAGGCAAAGUCGGAGUAG